UCCGUAUCCACACACACGCACACACAUCCACACACACACAUAUCCACUACCAGCAGCAGCAGCAGCAGCAGUCCGCUCCCACUCUGCCUCUGGCUUCACCUUCCACGGACACACUUGGACAUGGACGUGCAGGGGCUGACGUCCACGGCGCUGCUCUCGGUUCUCCACAUCCCCGCGGUGUUUGCUUUCUUCUAGCCCGCGUGUCCGUGUAGAAACCGGCCCCGAGGCACGGCACGGCACGGCACGGCACGGGACCACACGGCACGUCCCACACCGCUGACCUGAAAAGGGGACUAGUGUGUUUUUAGUCGAAAGCUCGAGGCUGCAGUGGGAGACACAGACUCACGCGCACACAGACUCACGCGCGCACAGCGAGAAGAAAAAAAGGCCGUUUGAGGAUAUCGGACGUCACAGAGAGGACACAUAAGAGCGAGCGGCUUUUUUUUUUUUGUCCUCCAUCAUGGCGAGUGACUCUCCAGCUCGGAGUCUGGAUGAAAUCGACCUGUCUGCUUUAAGGGAUCCUGCUGGCAUUUUUGAGUUGGUCGAGCUGGUGGGAAAUGGCACCUACGGGCAGGUGUACAAGGGUCGCCAUGUUAAGACGGGGCAGCUGGCAGCCAUCAAGGUCAUGGAUGUCACUGGGGAUGAGGAAGAGGAGAUUAAAGCAGAAAUUAACAUGCUGAAGAAGUACAGCCACCAUCGCAACAUCGCCACGUACUAUGGAGCCUUCAUCAAGAAAAACCCUCCCGGCAUCGACGACCAGCUCUGGCUGGUUAUGGAGUUCUGCGGAGCCGGUUCAGUCACAGACCUUAUCAAGAACACCAAGGGCAACUCUCUGAAAGAGGAGUGGACUGCUUACAUCUGCAGAGAGAUUCUCAGGGGUCUGACUCAUCUCCAUCAGCAUAAGGUCAUCCACAGAGACAUCAAGGGCCAGAACGUCCUGCUGACGGAGAACGCAGAGGUCAAACUAGUGGACUUCGGUGUUUCGGCUCAACUGGACAGAACAGUAGGAAGGAGGAACACAUUUAUCGGGACGCCCUAUUGGAUGGCACCGGAGGUCAUCGCAUGUGACGAGAACCCGGACGCCACAUACGACUUUAAGAGUGAUUUAUGGUCACUGGGGAUCACGGCCAUAGAGAUGGCUGAAGGAGCGCCGCCGCUGUGUGACAUGCAUCCAAUGAGAGCCCUCUUCCUCAUCCCGCGAAACCCCGCCCCCAGACUUAAGUCAAAGAAGUGGUCAAAGAAAUUCCAGUCGUUUAUAGAGAGCUGUCUGGUGAAGAGCCACAGCCAGAGACCCAGCACAGAGCAGCUCCUCAAACACCCGUUCAUCAGAGACCUGCCCAACGAGAGGCAAAUCCGCAUCCAGCUCAAAGACCACAUCGAUCGCACCAAGAAGAAGAGAGGAGAGAGAGAUGAGACAGAGUAUGAGUACAGCGGCAGUGAGGAGGAGGAUGAAGAAAGAGACAUGGGUGAACCAAGCUCCAUCAUCAACAUCCCCGGGGAGUCGACCCUGAGGCGGGACUUCCUGCGAUUGCAGCUGGCCAAUAAGGAGCGUUCGGAGGCGCAGCGGCGGCAGCAGCUGGAGCAGCAGCAGAACGAGGAGCACAAACGGUUACUGUUGGCGGAAAGACAGAAACGCAUCGAGGAGCAGAAGGAGCAGAGGAGGAGACUGGAGGAGCAGCAACAACGAGAGCGUGAGCUGAGGAAACAGCACGAGAGGGAACAGAGGAGACGUUACGAGGAAAUGGAGCAGCUCCGUAGAGAGGAGGAGAGGAGGCACGCCGAGAGAGAACAGGAGUAUAUUCGUAGACAGCUGGAGGAGGAACAGAGGCAGUUAGAGAUUCUCCAGCAGCAGCUUCUACAGGAGCAGGCGUUACUGCUGGAGUACAAGCGUAAACAGAUAGAGGAGCAGCGGCAGGCCGAGAGGCUCCAGAGGCAGCUCCAGCAGGAGAGAGCCUACCUGGUGUCUCUACAGCAGCAACAGCAGCAGCAGCAGGAGGGAAGACAAGCAGAGAAGAAGCAGCUUUACCACUAUAAGGAUGUCAUCAAUCCUAAUGACAAGCCUGCCUGGGCUAAAGAGGUCCAGAAGCAGCAGCUUGCACAUGGUAACCAACCCCGCCCCCACCUACGACAUCACCAGUCAUUCAACCAACCAGCUUCGUCAUCAGCCUCCCAGGGGCACGCCCCUAGACGAACCCCUUCCCAUGGUCCCCAGCCUAUUCCCCAUAUCCGUAUUUCCCUAGAUCCAGCAGAUCCAGGGUUAAAGCAGGAGAUAAGUCAGCAGGUCAGACAAUUUAGGGCUCAGAAACUCAACCAGAGGGGCCGCAGUCCAGGGAGAGUGGACGAACGAAACCAUGCCGCUGGUCAGGGACAUAGUAAGAACCAUAAAGAGCAUUCUAGUCAAGGGCCUCCUAAUCCCUAUUGUGUAGAUCCCAAUAUGAAAGCUAAACAUAGGGACAGGCCCCUUUCAGCCCCAAAUCAAGCAGCGAUCCAGGGUCAACUACCCCCCGACCAUCCUCAAAUGCCAGGACCCAUGCCGAAACCUCAAUCCGGAUCUAGCCCUGCGUCCAACCCUAUUUACAAAGUGGUGGAGGAGAGAUCUAAGCUGAACAGACAGAGCUCCCCAGCGCUGCAGCACAAAGUGUCCAACCGCAUCUCCGACCCCUCCCUCCCUCCCCGCUCCGAGUCCUUCAGCAGCGGGGGCAUGCAGCCCGCCCGCACCCCACCCAUCCACCGCUCCAUUGAACCACAGAUGGCUCAUCUAGUUCCAGUGAAGACCCACACUAGCUCUAUGUCCGGCUCUCAGUCUCUGCAGGAUCAGACGGGCUCGGCCCUGAAUGACAACAUCAGCGUGGGCUCUCCACGGCCUGAAAUGCCACGUCAGAACUCGGACCCGACCUCUGACACCCCCGUGAUGCCGCCCCGCAUCAGCAGCCGGGAUGACAGGGACCGGGAACGAGACAGAGACAGAGACAGAGAUAGAGAUCGGGACAGGACUGCAUGGCUGAGAGAGGAGGAUAUGCCACCCAAGGUUCCCCAGAGGACCACUUCCAUUUCUCCAGCCCUGGUCAGGAAGAACUCUCCUAAUGGAGGACUAGGACUGGGCUCUCGCGGUGGCUCUCAGCUCAUACGGGCCAGUAAUCCAGACCUGCGGCGGUCAGAGCUGUCUUUGGACGCCAUGCUGCAGCGAACCUCCUCAAACUCAUCAUCCUCCUCCUCCCCUUCAUCUCAGGGAGGCUCGGCUGAGAGGAGAGGUCAAGCCAAGCAGGAAGGAUCACCUCCAGGAGCCAAUCAGGAGGCAAAACCUAAACAGGAGGAGGGCCAUGAGUCAGCCCGACCCAGCAGACCUGCAAGCUAUAAGAAAGCCAUAGAUGAGGAGGAGCUGGAUCUAAGUGCAUUGGCCAAGGAACUCAGAGAGUUACGGGUGGAGGAAGGCACUAGACCUCCAGUCAAGGUGACAGACUACUCAUCCUCUAGUGAAGAAUCAGAGAGCAGCGAUGAGGACGGAGAGACAGUGGGGCAUGAUGGGACUGUGGCUGUUAGCGACAUCCCCCGCAUCAUGCCAGCGGUGCAGAGCAGCGGUGAGUCCCAUGGAGGGCUCACCGAGGACUCGCUGGGAGACGCCUAUAACAGCUCCAAGGACGGCACUUUGGUGAUGAGAGAGGCAGAGGAGAGGAGGCGAGGUGGUCAUGGUGAGAGUAACGGGUUUGGGAAUCACAGUAACCAUGGUAACCUUCCAGACCUGGUCCAGCAGAGCAACUCCCCUUCAGCCACGCCCACCACGGCCCUGCAGGAACUAAGUGACAUGGCAGAGUUUGGUUUGGGCGGAUCCAAAGCAUCCUUCACCCCAUUCGUCGAUCCACGUGUCUAUCAAACCUCCCCGAGUGACGACGACAACGAAAACUCAGCAGCAGCGAUGUUUGCCAAUGAACUGCUGAGGCAGGAGCAGGCCAGACUAAAUGAAGCCAGGAAAAUCUCUGUGGUCAACGUGAACCCCACCAACAUCAGACCCCACAGCGACACGCCUGAGAUCCGCAAAUACAAGAAACGCUUCAACUCGGAGAUCCUGUGUGCUGCGCUCUGGGGUGUGAAUCUGCUGGUCGGGACAGAGAACGGUCUCAUGCUGCUGGACCGAAGUGGACAGGGCAAAGUCUACAACCUGAUCACCAGGCGGCGUUUCCUACAGAUGGAUGUUCUGGAGGGGCUCAAUGUGCUCGUCACUAUAUCAGGAAAGAAGAAUAAGUUGCGUGUCUACUACUUGUCCUGGCUUCGAAACAGAAUAUUACACAAUGACCCAGAAGUUGAGAAGAAGCAGGGUUGGAUUACAGUCGGGGAGCUGGAGGGCUGUGUGCAUUAUAAAGUUGUUAAAUAUGAAAGGAUUAAGUUCCUGGUUAUUGCUCUGAAGAACUCUGUGGAGAUUUAUGCCUGGGCUCCCAAACCCUACCACAAGUUCAUGGCCUUUAAGUCAUUCACCGAGCUGCAGCAUCGUCCUCAGCUGGUUGAUUUGACCGUGGAGGAAGGUCAAAGGUUAAAGGUCAUCUACGGCUCCAGUGUAGGCUUCCAUGUCAUUGAUGUGGACUCAGGCAACCCCUACGACAUCUACAUCCCCUCACAUUGUGGCAAAGAGAUGAAGAUCCAGAGCCAGGUGACGCCCCAUGCCAUCGUGGUGCUCCCUAAAACCGAUGGAAUGGAGAUGCUGCUGUGCUACGAGGACGAAGGUGUCUACGUCAACACCUACGGUCGAAUCACCAAGGACGUGGUGCUACAGUGGGGAGAGAUGCCUACCUCUGUUGCCUAUAUUCAUUCUAAUCAGAUUAUGGGCUGGGGUGAGAAAGCCAUAGAGAUCCGCUCUGUGGAGACGGGUCAUUUGGACGGAGUCUUUAUGCACAAGAGAGCCCAGAGACUCAAGUUCCUCUGUGAGAGAAAUGACAAGGUAUUCUUUGCCUCAGUGCGUUCAGGAGGUAGCAGCCAAGUUUUCUUCAUGACCCUCAACAGAAACUCUAUGAUGAACUGGUGAUGGCUCGUCCCUCACGUCUUCACUCUGCCUCACCCCUUCCCAUCAGCCCACCCACCCACCCCCAUACCUUGGCCUACCCAUCACGGCACAGCUCACAAAUGCAACGAUUUUUAUGUUUCCUCCCACCUCCGAGAGGCCAGACGUGAUCCCUGUGACACUGAAAAGACUAUAACAGUGUAGAAAAAAAAAAAAAACCUUAUUAUAGAAGAAGAA